AUGGCAUUAUUCUCAAAAGAAGGAUUUUUAUGGACACCAGAGGGAAGCCGAGAUGGCUUAGAGACCAAUGCAGUACAAAGCAGCUCCGCAACCAUUCAUGAAAGCUAUGAUGUUAUAGUUAUAGGAGCAGGCUUCACGGGUCUAAUCGCAGCGCGAGAAUUGAGUCAAAGACACCACCUGAAAGUGCUCAUCUUAGAAGCAAGAGAUCGGAUUGGCGGACGCACAUGGACGGCCAAGGUUUUGGGGGAAGAAUGUGAAAUGGGUGGGACGUGGAUUCAUUGGAACCAAGGGCAUCUCUAUAGCGAGCUUCGCCGGUACGGACUCCAUGCCAAUCUGAAGACCUCUGCAGGAACCGCCGCACCGGCAAAGCAAGUCUUCAAGUACGGGUUGGCUCCACCCCAGGAGAUACCCAUUGAGGUUUCAAUGAAUACCUUGGAGCGGCUUGCCGAAGCAUUCUUCACUAUCGAAGGAAGCAACAGUCGCCAACUCAUGCCAUAUCCCCACGACCCCUUCAAGGGGGGAGCGCCAUGGACAAAGCACGAUCAUCUAUCUGUGAAAGAUAGGCUGGCCAGUUUGUCUGGGUUUUCAGACUGGGAAAAGGGGCUGUUCGAAUCGAACGUUAGUACUUUCGGUAGUGCCCCUGGACAAGAAAUCGCGUUCACAGAAGCGCUUAGAUGGUAUGCUUUAAGCGGACACAGCAUGGCCGGUGUAUUCGAGCUAGCUGGUAUUUACAAAAUUGGCAAUGGAGGCAUGACUUCUUUUGCGCGAGCAAUUUUGGGCGAAUAUGAUGGGGACAUGGCUUUAGAGACGACUGUGAAGGAGGUGAGACAAAAUAACUCAGGAGUCGAGGUUAUCACGAACUUGGGCCACUCCAUCAAAGCAAAAUACGUGGUUUCGACUGUUCCCUUGUAA